AGCGACAGUUGCUGAAGUGCUGUGAUGGAAGCGACUCUGCUGCUGAAAGUCCUCAAAGUGGAAUCUAAAUAACCUGGAUCUUGAUUAAUCCAAGAUGAAAAACACAAACUUGCAUGGAAUAAACCCGAAUGUUUUCCACGUCCAGUUUUGGGUUUUUUGCACCCCUGAGUAAUUAUUUAUGGAAAGUUUUGGCUUUUACUACUGAGGAUUUAACUUUUCUGUUUGGGAGCCGUUCGUCUUCCAUUGUGUGGUGCUCAGAGGAAACAUGGCCCAAAAUUCUUUUCGUGGGUCCAAGUACAAGGCGGACAUCAAUCAUGAUGCAGAUUUUGACUGCACGCUUGCAGAACUAAGAUCACUUAUGGAACUCCGAGGGCAUGAAGGAUUACAAAGGAUCCAGGAGUGUUACGGAGAUGUUCAGGGACUCUGCUCCAAGUUAAAAUCUUCUCCGACUGAAGGUUUAACUGGAAAUCCUGAUGACAUUGCAAGAAGAAAGGAAGAAUUUGGAAUGAAUUUUGUACCUCCCAAAAAGCCAAAAACAUUUCUUCAGUUAGUGUGGGAAGCACUGCAAGAUGUGACACUAAUAAUUUUGGAAGUUGCAGCUGUGAUAUCAUUAGGCCUUUCCUUCUAUAAACCUCCUGGUGCAGAAAGAGAAUACUGUGGAAGAGCUGCUGGAGGUGUGGAGGAUGAGAGUGAAGCCGAGGCUGGAUGGAUUGAGGGUGCUGCCAUCCUGUUAUCUGUCGUCUGUGUAGUGCUCGUCACGGCCUUUAAUGACUGGAGCAAGGAAAAGCAGUUCCGUGGUUUGCAGAGCCGCAUCGAACAGGAACAAAAAUUCACAGUGGUGCGAGGAGGCCAGGUGCUUCAAAUUCCUGUGGUUGAGAUUGUGGUUGGAGAUAUCGCACAAGUAAAAUAUGGUGACCUCCUUCCUACUGAUGGCGUGCUAAUCCAAGGCAACGAUCUAAAAAUCGACGAAAGCUCUCUCACAGGAGAGUCUGACCAUGUCCGAAAGACGCUGGACAAAGAUCCCAUGCUCCUCUCAGGUACUCACGUGAUGGAGGGCUCAGGAAGGAUGUUGGUCACCGCUGUGGGAGUGAACUCGCAGACUGGAAUCAUCUUUACCCUUCUUGGUGUGGGAGAAGAUGGUGAUGCUGAACAAGAAGAAAAGGAGAAGAACAGGAGGGAGAAAGAGGAGAAGAAGAAAGAAAAAGAAAGGCAAAAGAAGGAGAAACGGGAAAAGAGAGACAAAAAACAUAACAAGCAUGAUGUAUCAGAGCAGAACAAUGGUAAGGAUGGAAUUGGUGGUGAAGGUCAACUUCUCAAUAGUGAGGAUGGGUCUGUGACUGAGGAGAAGAAGAAAUCCAGUUUGCCAAAGAAAGAGAAAUCUGUGCUUCAAGGAAAACUCACUAAAUUAGCUGUGCAGAUUGGGAAAGCAGGUCUUUUCAUGUCAGCCAUCACAGUCAUUAUCUUAAUGGUUCUGUUUGUGAUGGACACGUUCUGGAUUCAGGGGCUUCCAUGGAUCAAAGACUGCACUCCUGUUUACAUCCAGUUCUUUGUCAAGUUCUUCAUCAUAGGAGUCACUGUGCUAGUGGUUGCUGUACCUGAGGGACUCCCCCUUGCUGUCACCAUAUCAUUAGCCUACUCUGUCAAAAAAAUGAUGAAAGACAACAACUUGGUCAGACACCUGGAUGCCUGUGAGACAAUGGGCAAUGCCACUGCCAUCUGCUCGGAUAAGACGGGCACGUUAACCAUGAACAGAAUGACUGUGGUGCAGGUCUAUAUAGGAGACAAGCACUACAGGAAGGUACCCGAGCCUGAUCUGAUUCCACCAAGGAUCAUGGAUCUGCUGAUCAUGGGCAUCAGUGUUAACUGUGCAUACACAACCAAGAUCUUGCCACCUGAAAAAGAAGGUGGACUACCCCGUCAGGUGGGAAAUAAAACUGAAUGUGCCUUGCUGGGUUUUGCCCUUGACCUACACAAAGACUACCAAACCCUCCGCAAUGCAUAUCCUGAAGAGCAACUCUUUAAAGUGUACACCUUCAACUCUGUGAGGAAAUCCAUGAGCACAGUGCUGAAAAAUUUUGAUGGGAGCUACAGGAUGUUCAGCAAAGGAGCUUCUGAAAUUCUGCUAAAGAAAUGUUGUAAAAUCAUAACAGCUUCUGGUGAGCCAAAGGUCUUUAAGCCCAGAGAUCGAGAUGACAUGCUGAAGAAGGUGAUUGAGCCCAUGGCUUCAGAGGGCUUGAGGACCAUCAGCCUGGCAUACAGGGACUUUCCAGCCACAGAGGGAGAACCAGAUUGGGACAACGAGGCUGACAUCCUAACAGGCCUUACAUGCGUCUGUGUGGUGGGCAUUGAAGACCCAGUACGGCCAGAGGUCCCGGAUGCCAUUAAGAAGUGUCAGCAAGCUGGCAUCACAAUACGUAUGGUUACCGGGGACAACAUUAACACUGCCCGUGCUAUUGCCACAAAGUGUGGCAUUCUCCAUCCUGGAGAUGAUUUCCUGUGCCUUGAGGGCAAAGAUUUCAACAGGCAAAUACGCAAUGAACUGGGAGAGAUUGAGCAGGAGCGCAUCGACAAGAUUUGGCCUAAACUGCGAGUACUAGCAAGAUCCUCUCCAACCGACAAGCAUACAUUAGUAAAAGGUAUAAUCGACAGCACAGUUGUGGAUCAAAGACAAGUGGUUGCUGUAACAGGGGAUGGAACAAAUGAUGGCCCUGCAUUAAAGAAAGCUGAUGUUGGCUUUGCAAUGGGUAUUGCUGGAACAGAUGUGGCAAAGGAAGCUUCAGACAUUAUUUUGACAGAUGACAACUUUAGCAGCAUAGUGAAAGCUGUGAUGUGGGGGCGAAAUGUCUAUGACAGCAUCUCAAAGUUCCUGCAAUUUCAACUGACGGUCAAUGUAGUGGCCGUGAUCGUGGCAUUUACUGGUGCCUGCAUUACUCCGGACUCUCCACUGAAAGCAGUACAGAUGUUGUGGGUGAACCUGAUCAUGGACACUUUUGCAUCACUGGCACUGGCUACUGAGCCGCCCACUGAGGCCCUACUACUGAGGAAACCCUACGGUCGUAACAAGCCUCUCAUCUCCAGAACCAUGAUGAAGAAUAUCCUUGGCCAUGCUGUUUAUCAGCUCAUCAUCAUCUUCACUCUGCUGUUUGCUGGUGAGCAGAUCUUUGACAUUGACUGCGGCAGGAAUGCUCCACUACAUGCUCCUCCCUCAGAACACUACACGAUCGUUUUCAACACUUUUGUAAUGAUGCAGCUCUUUAAUGAGAUCAACGCUCGCAAGAUCCACGGUGAAAGGAAUGUCUUUGAUGGCAUUUUCAACAACCUGAUCUUUUGCUCCAUUGUUUUGGGCACAUUUGUAAUUCAGAUUGUUAUUGUACAGUUUGGAGGGAAGCCCUUCAGCUGUGUAGGUCUCAGUGCAGAUCAGUGGCUAUGGUGUGUAUUUCUUGGCUUUGGAUGUCUUCUCUGGGGUCAGCUGAUCACCACCAUUCCCACAAGUCGGUUGAAGUUCCUGAAGACUGCUGGCCAUGGUACCCAGAAGGAGGAGAUCACAGAGGAAGAGCUAGAGGAGCUGGAGGCCCUGGAUGAGCUUGACCAUGCUGAAAUGGAGCUAAAAAAAAGCCAGGUGCUGUGGUGCAGGGGACUUAACAGAAUACAGACACAGAUCCGUGUAGUAAAUGCCUUCCGAGAAGCCUUAUCUCCAUACGAAGGCCUGGAACCUCCAGAAUCACGAAGCUCCAUCCAUAACUUUAUGAGUCAUCCAGAGUUUCGCAUAGAAGACUCAGAGCAGGCAAUACCUCUUAUAGAUGAAACUGAGUCUGAUGAUGAUGCAGCACUAAAACGGAACUCUGUCUCACCAGCCUCUUCACCUGUCGUAUCUUCACCUAACCAGAACAAUAAUGCAGAAAACAGCAGGAGCCUUCCUCACCACAAAGAUGUAACCAAACGUGGCAAUCCUCAACCCCCUGGUAGCCCCAUGCAGAGUCUGGAGACAUCGCUUUGAUUGCACACUUGCUGAGAUCCUGCUGAAUCAUUAUACAGACUUGAAUGAGCACAUCAAUAGGGCAAGUCACUGAGAUUUCUGGUGGUGUGAGAAAGUAUUUUCUGUCUGUCUGGGUGCAACUGGUUUGAGAUGCUAACUACAAUAAAAUGUUGGUUUUGUUUAAUUUGUCAGUUUUAUCCCAGGAGAUCUAUAUCCUAGAUACCUAGCCGCUAGAUGCACAAACCAGUGCAUUGUAGUGCCGGUCCCAAGCCCGGAUAAAAUAGGGAGGGUUGUGUCAGGAAGGGCAUCCGGCGUAAAUAUUGUGCCAAAUAGAUGCACGGAUCAUGAUCCACCGAGAGCCGACCCCGCAAUUUCAUAUAAUCUGAACAAAAAAAAAACCGUAAUGCCAUGAUUUAGCUGUUUAUGUAGUGGCAAAAAAUCUGUUUACAUGCUGUGCAUGAAAUUGCGACAAAGAAAAAUGAAGAUUUACACAUCUGCUCCUGUGUCUGUGUGAAAUUUUUAGGCAGCACAUAGAUUCGAUAUAUAGCUGAUAUCACAUCGAGUAUGAAAUUAAAGCAUAUCCAACUUAUGGAAAUUAUGUACCAUAUAUCUGUUAAUAUAUCUAGGCAAGAUUUAAGAUUUAUUAUUUUCAGUUAUGUGCAGAAAUGUAUGUGCUUUAGACAUGAGUAAGAAUAAUGGUUCACCAGCCUUGCAUGCAUGUUUGUCAUUAAAGUUCUAGUAAAGAAAAAAUAACUUAAAAAUAACCCGACGUAAGAACAAGAAAACUUAUUUCCUUUUUCACUUCAUCUGUUGAGGCAUUUUUAAAAGCUGAGUACUAUGUAGAGUCCUAACAACACACAAACUGAUAUACAAAUAAUGUACAAAUAAUCUUAGUCCUUCAGCUAACAACACAAACCUAAAAAUAUAACGUAAUAUUUUUAUGCAUUUCUUAAUGGCCAUUGACAGAUUCUUACAGAAAGCCUCCACACAUACAGUGGGCCACAGUCUUCUGCUGUGUGCAGGCGUUUUGACAAGACAGUCAGUCAGUGGCUGCUGCAGCAGAAAGGUUAUGCCGCAUCUGGCCUUCCUUCCCUCAGACACAAUUAGUUCUGUCUUUUGAGCGCCCUGCUGGCCGAUAGCCCCACACAGACUCCCCUCAGACUCGAGACUUAGCAGUGGUGAUCUAUAAUGUUUGGAGGUGCAUUUUUUUAUUAGAAAUAUUUAUAUGAAAUUGUUGGUGUGUUUAGAUGGCGAUAUGCAUACAAUUUUAGAAAUAGCAACUGGGUGUUUUAUGUAUUUGGUUCUUUUUUUUGUCUAAAAAAAUCAUUCCUAUUUAAAAAAAUGAAUUAUGGUUUGUGGGUUAUUUAUUUUUCUAUUGUAAUAUUUGUUAAUUUAACUAGAUAAUAUGCAUUGAUUAUGCUCAGUGUAACUGUGAUUGUGAAACAAUGUACAUUUAAAAGUGUGAGUAAUGUGUGUUUAUGACAAUAAAGAGUUUAGCUACA